AUGAUCUCCUCCGCCGUCCUCAUCCCCGAAGACCCUCAACCUCAAUCCGAAUUCCCGGACCGAGAAGAAAGCAAUCCGCUCAAACGUCGACAGUCGUCUGUGUCGACAUCCUCUGGGUCCAGCAAGAGACCUCGCCUCGAUGUGCCGUCUUCGAGCAACGAUGCGGCCGCCUCACCCACUGCACGUUCCUCUGCCUACCCAGUCGCAGAUUCGGCAACCCAGGCCCAGGCAAUGUCUCCUCCCCCUCCUCCUCGCCAGCAGCCAGAGCCGCGGGGGCGCUCAACCGCCGCGGGCCUGGAGCAAGAUAAAUCGCGCAACAGGCGCUUGUUCGGCGCCCUGCUAGGUACGCUGUCGCAAUCGACUCGGCCGUCAAAAUCGUCAGCGUCAGCGUCCGCGGCGGCAUCAACGGCCGCAGUAGCAACGUCGGCGGCGCGCAACUCCCGCCGCGACGAGAUCGAAAACCGACAGCGUGAGCGGCUGAAGCGCGAGAAUGAGGAGAUGGCAGAACAGGCGCGGAGGAAGAGGGAGGAAUUAGAUCGUGUGCGGCGGCGUGAGCAGAGGCAGUGGGAUGAGGAAGGCAUAAAGAUCAAACACCGGAAUUUGCGGGCCAUUGCUCGCUUUUUGUGCACGAGUGCUGAGCCGAGAUUGUACUACAAACCUUGGGAACUGCGCCCUCACGAGGAAGACGUGAUAAAACGCCAAAUCGACGAAGCCGAGCAAACGAUCCAGCGCGAACUCGACGAGCUUGAUGUAAGCCGACAACGACGGUCAGACGGUGCCGAGGAACCUUCUGGUCCGCGAAGCACGAGUCAGACCGCAGAGAAUGGGAAUCUAGACUCAGAGAAGCAGGACCAUGAUGCUGAUGGGUUGCGAAAGGGAGAUGUUAAUGGCGAUGGCGACGGCGACGGCACCUCGCUCGCUCCAAAAGGACCUGAAGACAGGCCGACAAGCCCAGCAACCGUGACAAAGAAGGUUGAUGCUGACGAGGAUGAUGUGAGUCCUGAUCCUGGGCGCCAGUCUCGGCCGAAACACCAAGACUCCAUGGGAGGAGAUGGAAGUGAUCGGCCGGCAAGCAAAGACGACGACCAUGGCGGCGAAGAGCUCGAGCAAGGGCGGGAAGAUGAUGUUAUCUACUGA